AAACAGUGAAGAUAACUUUGCAAUGCGUAUGAUGUCCUUUACUUAUUAUGAGGGGGGAAAACUCUUAAAAAUAUCUUCGGCAUCUGAAAGUAGCAUCUCAGUCCCACCGACUCGGUUGGGAGGAUACAAACAUACCGAGUAGGAUUGCUAUUAUCAGCAAUGCAAUUCUUCAUUUACAGAUGCACCCCGGGCACGGGCACCUUUUGAGUGCCGCGGUAACCACGAAGAAGCCGUGCCACCAUUGUCUUCUCUGAUAAAUUUAAAAAGGCUUCAGCAGACACCCAAGAGCGACUCUAGGUACCCAGAAUAUCCUGAACAAGGGGCUUAUGUUUACUAAAGAGAAGCUGCAGAGGUGAGCUGAGCGACCCGCAUUAACUUUAGCUUGCUAAAGGCUACAUGCUAACUGGUGCUAGCUGGCUGAUAUUUACAGCAGCAUCGGCGUACCUGUGUGGCACACGCUUUAAGGAAGUUGGAGCCAUGGGUUGUUUUUCUUCAGCCUUUGAUGAAGUGAAAUAAGCUGGACCCGCGAGACCCCACCAACCUGCCCCUACUCACAGCAGGGGCUCACCUUGCCCCAUCAUCAGCUCCAGUUAUGGCAGGCUUCAAACGGGGUUAUGAUGGCAAGAUUGCUGGCUUGUACGACCUGGACAAGACACUGGGCCGUGGCCACUUCGCCGUGGUCAAGCUAGCACGCCACGUCUUCACGGGGGAGAAAGUGGCAGUUAAGGUGAUCGACAAGACAAAGCUGGACACUGUGGCGACAGGCCACCUUUUCCAGGAAGUCCGCUGCAUGAAGCUGGUGCAACACCCCAACAUUGUGCGCCUGUAUGAAGUGAUAGACACUCAGACAAAGCUUUACCUAAUCUUGGAGCUAGGAGAUGGAGGGGAUAUGUUUGACUACAUCAUGAAGCAUGAGGAGGGCCUGAAUGAAGAGCUGGCUAAGAAGUAUUUUGCUCAAAUUGUUCAUGCCAUCUCCUACUGCCAUCGCCUGCAUGUGGUUCACAGGGACCUCAAGCCGGAGAAUGUUGUGUUCUUUGAAAAACAAGGACUGGUUAAGCUCACUGACUUUGGCUUCAGUAACAAGUUUCAACCAGGGAAAAAGCUGACCACCAGUUGCGGAUCUUUGGCGUACUCUGCACCAGAAAUACUGCUGGGUGAUGAGUAUGAUGCUCCGGCUGUAGACAUCUGGAGUCUUGGAGUCAUCUUGUUCAUGUUGGUAUGUGGCCAGCCACCCUUCCAGGAAGCGAACGACAGUGAGACCCUCACCAUGAUCAUGGACUGUAAAUACACUGUACCAGCCCACGUCUCCGGUGCCUGCAAGGAUCUAAUAGACCGCAUGCUUCAGAGGGACCCCAAGUGCCGAGCCUCCUUGGAGGAGAUCGAGACUCACGCUUGGCUGCAGGGGGUCGAUCCAUCUCCGGCCACCAAGUACAACACUCCUCUGGUCUCUCACAGGAAUCUGUCCGAAGAGGAGCACAACAGCAUCAUCCAGCGCAUGGUGCUGGGAGACAUAGCUGACCGAGAGGCCAUAGUCGAAGCUCUGGAGACCAACAAAUACAACCACAUUACAGCUACAUACUACUUGCUAGCAGAGAGGAUCCUGAGGGAGAAGCAGGAGAAGGAGGUCCAGACGCGCUCCUCCAGCCCCAGCAACAUUAAAGCACACUUCAGGCAGUCUUGGCCGACUAGAGUGGACAUGCACCAGGACAUAGAGGACGGUUUGGCAUCGUCAUCUAUCUCCCACACCGGAGGCCCUCAGUCUCCAGCUCGCAGCGCAGAGAACCUCCUGAACGGGCAUCGGUCCAAAGGCAUGAUGGAGCUGGGCAGAAGGGAAGAAAUCUCCGUGGCAGACCCUGUGGGACCCCUGGUACAGGGUGCCUGUGCUGCUCUGUCUGUUUCUGAGACCAUCAGAGCCUCCGGACCCUCCACCUCAGCUGCAGCCAAGCAGAGAAUCUGCCUGUUCAGGGUGGAGGAGGAUGAAGAGGAGGAGGAAGAGCAGGAUCCAUCUCCCCUGCCAACCCAGGUGAUCAUGCGACGGAAGCCCCCAUCAAUCACCAACCGUCUCACCUCCAGGAAGAGCGCCCCAGUACUCAACCAGAUCUUUGAAGAGGAGGGGGAGUCGGACGACGACUUCGACAUGGAUGAGGGUCUGCCGCCCAAACUCAGCCGGCUCAAGAUGAACAUGGCAGGGAAUGCUGGUGGCCUGAACGCGGGGGCCGCCUCCUCCUCAUCUCCGGGAGCCACACAGAAGCGCUACCACAGACGUAAGAGCCAGGGGAGGGGCUCGUCGUGCUCCAGCUCUGAGACCAGCGAUGAUGACUCGGAGAGCCACCGGAGGCGUCUGGAUAAAGAUUCGGGCUUCGGCUACAACUGGAACAGGAGGGACAGCAGUGAGGGGCCCCCCGGCAGUGAGGGCGGGAAUGGAGGGGGCAGCAGCUCAGGGCAGGGGAAGCCCCCUUCAGGAGGAGGAGGCUCCUCAGAAGCAGACAGGGGCAGUCCUCCUGGUGCAGGUAGUAACGGAGGAGGAGAAGGAGGUAGCAGUGGAGGGGGGAGUGAAAGGGGACGGGGAGGCCAUAAAGGACAAGGCGGCCCCUCCAGUUGUUGUAACAGCAGCAGCACUACGAAGCCCACCCUCAGCUCGCUGUCCCGAUCCACUGAGCUGGUGGAGAGCCUGAAGCUGAUGAGCUUCUGCCUCAGCUCCCAGCUGCAGGGGGGGCGGGGGGGCCAUGGAUCCAGAGGCAGGGGGAAGUUUAUCGUUGACCCCCACAGCGUGAAAAUCCAGGAGAAAUCUGCCUGGAGGAUGUGCAUCGGCUCCACUGGCAGCCUGGACACCAUCACCCUCCCCAAUCCCACUGUCAGCCUUCCUCAUUCCCACCCCGUACAGCACCACCACUGCAAAACAGAGCUGCGCGGCCCCCCCUGUCUUCAGGCAGGGGCCGCCAACAGGGACACUUGCAGCAACCUGAGCACCCUGAAAAACGGCGUGCUGCAGCUACCUCUGUGUGAGAAGACAAUCUCUGUCAACAUCCAGCGGGGCGGGGGCUCCAGAGACGGCCUGCUGGGUAUCUCAGCUCCGGCCAGCUGCUGCCAGGUCAUCUGAUACCCCCCCUCUCCGGAUCACCACCACACACAGCUCACACCUCCUUUCCCCCAGCGAGUCGCUCGUUUUAAACUCCUCACGCCGCCUAUUGUGACCUCCUCCGAUUCCGACGUCUGCUCCGCGUCCCGAAUGUGUUCUCUGUUUUAACCCGUUUACAUUUCUGCUUGUUGUGUUUUCAUUUUAAACCUUGUUACAUGCUGCCUGACUGCACUUUGACAUUCUUUAUAAGAAUGUGGAUUCAUGAAAAAUGUGGCUGUUUUGGUGAGACCACCAGCAGAGAAUUUGGAUCUUUUAAAAGAAAAAUAUGAGAAAUAUAAUUGGAGUUAUAUUUUACCUUAAAAAGAAGAUGUGGAGACAGAAUUGUUUAAACAUCAGAUUGUAGUUUUAUAGAAAUACGUAAAAAUUGUGAUCUUACGUUUGGAUUAUGCGAAACUUUUAGAAGCAAAAGUAACGUCUUAAAGAUUUAAUCUGCAGUAUAAAAUAGGACAGAAAAACCAAGUCAGUUUCUCAACAUUCUGUUUUUCUCAUUCUGCGCUCAUGAUGAGAGGAUGUGGUCCGACCAGGCGGGUUAAGCAGCAAAAUUUAAGGAAGCUAUUUUUGCUCUAAAUUCAAUAUGUUUGCUGGUCUGGAAUAAUUUAACAGCUUUAAGUAAAAUGAAGCAUUUAAGCUUAUGGUUGUUCAUUUUUAAUCCAAUAAAUAUGAUCACCGUCAUCAGAGAUGUCAGCCGUCAUCACCAUGUCAGCAGUCAGUGGCCACACCUGGAAGCUGCAGUGGACAGGAAGCAGAGUCCGUA